GGUUGUUUCUUCGUGGGCUCGCGCUUCCUUCCUUCCAGUCAACAUGACGUCCAACGUGACAGAACCCGUUCUGCCCACCUACGAGGCAGAAGAGACCCAGACCUCGAAAUUGAUGAAAAAAUCUCGGGAGUCACCAUUUGUCCCAAUCGGCAUUGCAGGUUUCACGGCUGUGGUGGCGUACGGGCUGUACAAGCUGAAGCACAGAGGAGACACCAAGAUGUCGCUCCAUCUGAUACAUAUGCGUGUGGCAGCGCAGGGCUUCGUCGUGGGAGCAAUGACCUGUGGUGUGAUUUACUCGAUGUAUCGGGAAUAUUUAGCCAAACCCAAGCCCUAAGGAAAAGCCAACUUGGAAGCCUGUGUGUACGCUGGUGUUCUUAUGUGCUUGCGUGGUAGACAUCACACCGAGGUGGCACAGCAAUGCGAAACUAAACCCAAGAAUGUAGCCCUGAAAUAUAAUACAUCUCAUGCUAGCGUAAGGACUUCUGGGCUGCCAGAUUGACUCCAGUUUAGGUCCUUUUGUUCAAAUGGCACUCUUCUUUCUUUCUGUCUUGAUUGAGGCUACAAACUGAUUCCCCCCCCCCUUCGGCAGCUUGGAACCCUAACCCCCACUUCACCUUUUCUUUUCACGGUACAGAACUGGCGGGUCACUCUGGGUGUUUCUGGGGUCGAGAAUUUCAUCCUUUGGUGCAAUUCCUUUAGGCUGCAGUUGGGAGAAUGAAGCAGUAAUUUUUUGGGGAGGGGGGAGUCUGGCCAAUGUUGACGGCUGCACUGAGAGUUACAAGAAUUUCAUUCUGCCCCCCGCUAGUUCUGCAUUCUUUAAGACUCACCUUUUCAACUUCUGGAAGACAAAAUAUGCGACGGGCCAGUCCUUGCGUAUUUUGUUCUUUGACGCUAUCUAUCAAAGCCUUAAAUAAUGGAUUAAAUUAUUAAAAAGUGUUUAUUUAUUUACACAGCGGCAAUCCAGUUGCGGCAGCCUGACUUUUUGGACUGAAGGAGAUAAUAGAAAGUUUCUUAGAAUUAUUUUUGUAAAUUGCACACUUCUUGUUUGGGUAUAUGUCAGACAGUAUUUUUAAAGUUUUGGAUUAUCCCAGCAGUUUAAAAACAUCUUUGGAUGCUUUGGAGUAUGAAGAUACGCUGAGUGUUUUCUCCCACAAAUCACUGAGUGAUAUUUGUUAGAGAUCGACAGCUAAUAGACUUUGGAAGUACACGUGUCUGCAGUGAGAUUUUAAAUCUUUAUAAAAAAUGACGUCACGUUGCUUGCAUUCCUUGGUUUCAUCGUGGUAGUGAAAAUGUUAUAAUUGUUACAAAUCUGUCUAAUCCAGUUACUGGUUUCAUUAAAUACGUACGGAAGAACCA